CCCUCCCUCCCUUUUUUUUGUUUGUCAUUCCACAAUAUCGCUACCAUAAAGCAUCGCUUUCAACAUGAUAACAACUUGGCUGUAAAGUCAGAUUCCUCAGUUAUCACAGAUCCGCUAUCUUCUCGUCCAAGGUUACAGCAGCUCUCUGAUCUCUGCUCAAGGGCUUGACCCUCAGAGGGUUUAUUCCUACCUUUUUCAAAAACCCAGCCUUCUUGGCAUCCACUUAAAGACUCACAGACCCCUCCCUAUCCUGAAUUAUCUCAAUCUUCCAAAACAUUAAAUCCAGUCUACAUCUAAUGCCAGCUCUCUGAUCUGCUACCCCCUGAAGUGCAUACAUGGCUUCUCCCAAGUUAGGGCUGUCAGCCACCACAACCACCUCCUCUUCUUCCUCAUCAUCCUCAGCCUCUCUGUGUCCUCCACCUCAUCCUGGAAGCCCCAGUCGGGUGCCCGAGGGCCCUCCAAGUCCCGUUACUCCCACCCCAAGUCCAGGAGUAACAUCUGCCUCAGCCGCACCUGUCAGAACCCAGCUGAGUAUUGCCCUGAUCCUUGAGGAGCUCCGUGUGCUGCAGCAAAGACAGAUCCACCAGAUGCAAAUAACCGAGGAGAUCUGUAGGCAAGUUUUACGCCUUGGUGGAGCCUCCUACAGCACAGAUACACAGUCUCAGCAUCUCCUUCCUCCACUCCCUCAGCUCUGUCUGGAAGCUAGCAAGAGGGCAUCAAGCCCCGUAACCCAGCCGGCUGAAUCUCAGCCUUCCACCUCUGUGGCUCCUCUUCUGGCGUGUUUCUCCUCCCUGCUACCCUCUCAGACAACCAACAAACUCACACAGCCAUGUACUCCAUUAUCACAAAUCCUACAGCCUCACAAUUCACAAAUGGAAGAAAUUGGAGGGACUGCAGGGACUCGUGGUUAUCAGUGGGAAACCUCUCAGUGCUCCUCUCGCCUCUCCAAUUCCUCUGCGGCAAUCUCUGCGGCUUCCUCAAACUAUCCUCUGGCUCUUUCAUUACCUCUACCCAAUCCCUACGUUCACGAUAAGUCUGCUAACACCACUUCAGCUAGUGGCCAGAGUGAUCUUGCUUUUUUGAACUCAUCACUAAAUGCACAACGCACCCUGCAGUCCUCAUCAGGUGGAGGGGACUCCUACACUUCAUGUAGCUCCAAUGCCAACAGCCGCCUUCAGCACGCAUGUCGCUUUUGCGGAAAAGUAUUCAGCAGUGAUUCUGCCCUGCAGAUACACCUCCGUUCACACACAGGGGAACGGCCCUACCAGUGUCCAGUGUGCCUCAGUCGUUUCACCACACGGGGCAACCUGAAGGUACACUUCCUUCGCCACCGUGAGCAAAACCCAGAGCUCUCGCUUUCACUUCUCCCGCCGUCUUUGUUCGGGGUUGCGUUAGGGGCUGCUGGAGGGCCAGAAAUGGGACAGAUCAUUAACACUGGAAGUAGUGCCAUUGGCAUGAAUAUUGCACAGAAGAAGCAAAAAAAUAGAGUGGAGGAUGAAACGUGUGGAGAUAAUGUAGAGGCCAGUACAACUAGUAGCGGACUAUCUUUAGGGACAUCUGGAGGAUCUACCCCUUCCACCCUUCCUCUGCCUCCUAGUGUAGAUCUAGCUUUGAUUUCUCACUCUCUCUUGCAGCUAAAUAGGGCUACUGCUGCAUCCUCUGUAUCCUCCUGCUCAUCCCAGUCAUCCUCCACUUCUUCUCUGGCUGCAUCCUUACUCUCCAACCCUUCAUUUUCUUCAUCCGCCCCCAUCGCAGGGUUAUUCAAAGGCGCCAAACAGCAACACUUUGAUGAAAACACCCCUCCUCAUCCACCAAUGCUGUCUCCUGCAGCUUAUUCCCAGCUAGUUCACCUACCUAAGCUUCUUUUCCCAUCUGCCUCUUCUUCCUCUUCUUCCCAGGCUGCAAACUCAUCCCUAUACAACCAUCCAGCAUUGAGCUUGCUCCGGGCCCAGCUACCCGCAGCUGCAGGCUCCCACCAACAUGCUUCUUCCAGCCAAUCGCAGCUUUCCUUCCCUGUUUCUCCCUUUCCUAAAGUCCCAGGCUCAACCACCACUUCAAACUCCUUGCCCUCCUCUGUAACUACGGCUACCCCUACAUCUGAAACCUCAAAGCUACAGAGACUUGUGGAAAAACUAGAGAAGGCUCCUCCGAACUCUUCUUCAUGGGCUUCCUUCUCUGCUCCCACUUCCAUGCUGGAGAUUCUAUCCAGCAGCUCCGCUACCUCUUCAGUAAAUUCAACCACCAGUCGUCUCACAAACGCAGGCACAUCUGCCACAUAUGUAAUGACAUCCCCAUCCUCAAACCUUGUCACCACCUCUAUCUCCCACUUCACCCGUGAGAUGGUUGCUGCCCUCGGACUGAGUGCCAAUGGAGCAAGUGCCAUGGCAGGUCCGGCUUCUAAUUUGAUCACUAAUCAGUGUGGGGUGUGCCUACGGGUGCUGAGCUGUCCUAGAGCACUCCGCCUGCACCAGGCCACACACCUAGGAGAACGCCCGUUUCCAUGUAAGAUCUGUGGACGAUCAUUCUCCACUAAAGGCAGCCUGCGGUCACAUCUUGCAACCCAUCACGCCCGGCCACCUAAUGCUCGUGUCCAAAACUCUUGCCCCCUGUGCCAGCGGAAGUUCACCAAUGCUCUCGUUCUUCAGCACCACAUUCGUAUGCACCUCGGAGGACAGUUGCCCCCAGAUAGCACUGAAGAGUCUGAACACGAAUUGCCAGCUGAGUCUAAUCCCAAAUCCACGUUGCAGUCUCAGUCCCAGUCCACAGACCUAAAUGUGGCCCCGAGUAAAACAACUCCUAAGAGCGGUGGUUCUAACAGCCCAGGUCCAAGCUCAGAGACUUUGCCAGCUGAUUUGGCUGCCGUCUCAGGAAGCAUGACAUUGGCUGAGCAAAGUCUGAGCUUGUCUGCACCUUCCAGUCCAAACCCAAUCCCCCCUGCUGACCUAAGCCCUGACCCCUUCAUGAAUCCUACCACACAAACUCCACCACCGGGCAGUGCAGAGCCCCCUGUCCUUUCUGUUAGUGUCCCUUUGACAGCCUCCAAGCAGAUAACUCAACAAGACGACCAUGUUCACCAACAAGCCUCAGCUGAUAUCAACAUUCCUAAGUCUAAUCCGUCCCCCCUUCCCUCCAGUGUUAACAAAGCCACAGAGUCUCCUUUCCUUAAAUUAGUGGACUGUGGAGCAACUGAGGCAUCGACCACCUCGGAUUCCUUCCUCAGCUCCAAACCAAACCUUGAGGACUUAGAAAGCACGCCUACUCUUAAUACGCCCAUUGCUUACAAUUGUCCCAGUUCCAACUCUGACUCUAUCCCAAAUCCAGAUGUUUGUGAUGUUGAUACAAAUGCAACCUUGGAGUCAGACUCAGUCUCCCUAAGGCUACCAUCCCCAGAACCCAUGGAAGUAGACAAAGACCAGUCUCCUCUACCCACAACAGCAGAACAAGACCAAGUAACUGUGUCUGAGGAAGACCCUAACAUUACACUCACCGUGGAUAUUGCAGACCACAUAGCAGCCGAAAUACGUGCUGGAUCCCAGAAAGCACCCGCCUCCGUUCGCGAGACGCGUCAGAGCUUUCAUUUCAGCUCAUAUGGGAGGGAUGAUCAAGUAGAGGGCAUCAAGAUUAGUGAAUUGGUUUCAAGCGAAGCUCUUGAUGCCUCUGUGCCCAUCAGCUUGGCUCCCACCCUCCCAUCUCCAAUGUCACGACCAGAGAAAAAGACCUACUGCUGUGCCGAGUGUGGAAAAGAGUACGCCAGCCGCAGUGGAUUGAAGGGGCACAUGAAGCACCACGGUGUGGCCACCAAAACGUCCCGGCCACCUGCCAGGAGCAGUCGUUCUUCCUCCGAGCAACAACAGUCUUCUACAAAUGCGAGCUCCUCAAACAUUCCAGCAACCAGGAGUUCAGCAAGUUUCUGGAACCAGUAUCAAGCCUUCCUCAACACCAAUACGGAGGCGGCCGGUGACCCAAGUGCUGCAGCGCAGGGUGAAAACGAUUCAGCCCCGGCUGCUAAAUCCCUCGGUCGUCUGCAGGUGGAUUCAAGAAACUUUGAGGAGGCUGUGGAGGAGUCAGGUGAAGGGUCGUAAUGUCAGCACAACUGGCUGGAAAACAUCUUCUUGUUUUCAACAUUUGUUGGCCUUUUAGCACAAACGUCUGGCAUUUGCAUAGUAUUGCUUCCAUGGCACAUUUCGGGUAGCCUGUCAGUUUGAUAAUCACAGUAACAUGUUUGUAUGUGAAAGUUGUGAUUCGUUUAGUUUGGUCCUGUUGUGUAAAAAAAACAAAAAAAAGAGACAACUACUGUACAAAAAAAGUCCAGCUAUUACUGAAUUUGUUUGAAAAAAAAAGACAAUAAUGAGAUAUGGGUGAAGUAAUGCUUUGUGUUUGUCGGAACUCACCAGCAGGCUCUGAAUAUAUAAUCAGCUUCUUAAUGGCUCAUCAAAGAGAACUGAAAAAAACAACAACUAAUUUUUAACUAACCGAUUUAAUGUAACUUUGUUUUUAUUUCGGUGCUGUUGUGCCAUGUACUAAUCUCAACCAAAUGGCACCAAAGGAGGUUUAGUAAAACCAAACGCUAGCCUACAAUCCCUGUUUGCUUCAUAUCUAGACGAUUCUUUCUAUUGAUAUGAAUAAGGUCAAUAAAUAAGCAAAACUGCAUUAUUUUGCCGUAUGAGAAUGAACAAAAGCCAACGACAGGAUUGUGUUAAUUCGGGGGAAUAUUAAGUCUUUGAUCCCCACGUUUUGUGAUUCUAAAAAACGUACCGUUGAUGUCAUUGUGAUUUUCUUUCAUUGCUGUUCUGUCCUGUCAAAACAGAAGCACAUCUGCAGUGUUUGUGAGCCCAGUAAGGGCACGAUUCGUUGUGUGACCUUUGCCCUUCAGCUUUGUAAACAUUAUUAUCCUAAUUGUUGUCGUGAGGUCUAAGAGUAACGUCUAUAACGCAUUUGCAGUUACUAACUUUACUAAACUUUUACGUUUAUAAGUAUCUAAACAAAAAAAAAACAAGUCUCUGUCUGUUUGUUGUAAGAUGUACUUUCUCCAUAUUAAAAAGCUCUUUGGAGAAAAAAUACA